UUUGUGCAUCCAUUUGUAUCUUGUAUGUUGUGUUUCGAUUUUCCUGAAGAAAAAUACCAGAGUUCGUCUAAAAAACUAGACAUGGAGCCGGCUAAUAAACUGAUGCGCAUCGAUACUGGAGGCACUGGCGAAUUUAUCCGGCAAAUAACACAACAACCAAUGCCAAUCGUUUCUCCACCUGGCAUUCACAGCACUACAGUCUCCACCGGGCAGCAGCAGUUGGUUCCACUGAAAUCGGGUUUAACUGUGAUUACAAGGUCAAUUCAACCCACCAAACCCGGUCGACCACCGUUGCCGCUGAAGCCUACCGUUACGCUGUCCAUCACCAACAAAUCUUCCGCCAAACCUGAGAAACCACCGCUCCCUUCGAAGCCUACCAUCACUUUAUCCACCACAAUCAAUGCUAUCUCAAAAUCCACUUUCCCUUCCACUCAAACACCCAUCGCUCAAAACGUACUAAAGUUUAAAGAUUCCUCUCCAUGCAUCCAACCGGCUGCCUCACCAAAUCCAUCCUUGACGCCAUUUCCAUCAUCCGGUACACUGUCGGCAAUGACUGCUGAACCGGACAGUAGCGCAUCGGUAGUUCCUUCGUCGAUUCAAACUGCUAUCUUGCAGGUACUGGGAGUUGUGCAACAAAUCCACGACACACAAAAACUGCAAGUGCAAGAUGCCAGGCGUUUGGAAGAAAAGGUAGAUGCACUGGCAAAGCGGUUGUCCAAUCUAGAGGAGCAUGUACAGCGAGUGACGGCAACACUAUCCAGCACUGGUUCUAUCAUCCGAUCCAACAAUGUAGCAGUUAAAAUGGAAAAACUAAAUUCUUUCGUAGAGAUGCAAAAGUUUAAUUUAAAACUAGGUUCAGAUAGCGAAUUUUUCGAGGACGUUGUAUUAUGGAUACAAAACGUGAUCGGUGCAGAGGACAUUCACACGAAAAUUUCCAAAACAUUUGACCUCCUGUUUGAUCGUGAAUUCUUCGCCUCGAGUGAGUGGCAAAGCGAGCCAAGUCUUCAGGUUCUGUUAGCAAAAUUUACUAGUCUUCACAAACUGCUGCAGGCGGUUGUAGGUGAGGAGUUCCAGCCACCCACGGAAGGGUAUGUGUUAAAUCUCUGUGAAGAGAAAUCAAUAGAUGAAAGUAUUCUGAGUUGAAACAUACAAAAUUAAGCAACAUACAAAGAUUAGUAUUAAGAUGACAUCACUUUUCAUACCCCUCGAUUUGAUAAACUAAUACUUCAAAAGUAUUUUUCUUGGUACCUUGGUCGUUAGCGAAUUUCCUUGUCUCUCAUGAUAUUAUCAUAUAUUUUAGAAGUCGUAUGGCAUAUAGUUGAAGCCACAUUGUUUCCAAAACAUUAGGCUAUACAGAUAGAUGCCAUAAAAUUGACUAAUAUAUUCCUUACAUUAUUCAGGACCAACAAAGGUAUGGUCUAGCUUGCAGAGGAAAAUCAUAAUGCUUGGUGAUGUUUGUUCAAACACCAUUUAUCGUCCGAGAUUGGUGUAUAACUAUUUAGAAAAAUUGCUUUAUAUAAACAACGUAAAGAUUUAUUUCUUUGGCAAUGCCAAGAUGCCCAUCAAUAAACCAAAA